GUACCAUUACUGUGCCGAGAGGAGCUGUGUGUUCACACACUUGGCUUUUGUUGUAACAGAAGUUUCAAACCUUUCAGGGUGGGUCUGUCACAUAACCUCUCUGGAGUCUGGAUCACAGCUCCACCCCUAGUGGAAAGGGUCUAUUUCCUUGGUGCUUCUAACCGCCCAUGUUCCUUUUGUAAAGGAUGACUCCUCCUCCCCUCCCACCCUCGGGGGGUGGAACCAAAGAAGGAAAAACUAACUUGACAGCAGUUCGUUCUUGCAAACUCUACCAGCUCCUGCACAAGAAUGUCCGAAUUUUAGCAAGGUUAGUGGUUACGCUAUCCCACCCAAGGGUGCAGUUUGCUGCUGAGUUGAGGAGGAGAUGGUUACAGCCAUGGGAGCCAGGAAAGAUCUGAAAAGAAAUGAGUGGCUGAGAGACCUGGCACUCCUUAGGCAGUUUCAGAGAGGGGAGAGGAGCCUGAAUCAGCACAAGGUGAAGUGAGUCCUUCCAGCUGCCAUGCUGGCCAAGUGGAGUUGUUCAGAGGCAGUUGGACAGAUUUGCGACCGAGCCGGUUUAUCCAGUGCUUGAAGAUGGGAAGUUACUUGUCUGCCCUAGCUUAUUCCACUCCCAAGGAGCCCUUUCGGUGCUCGGAAUGUCAAGACCCGCUCACCAACUGGUACUAUGAAAAGGACGGGAAGCUCUAUUGUCACAAAGACUACUGGGGAAAAUUUGGGGAAUCCUGCUAUGGCUGCUCUUUGCUGAUGACUGGACCUGUGAUGGUGGCUGGAGAAUACAAAUACCAUCCUGAAUGCUUUGCUUGUAUGAGUUGCAAAGUAAUCAUUGAAGAUGGAGACACGUAUGCGCUAGUACAACACUCCACCCUCUACUGUGGAAAAUGCCAUAACCAGAUUGUGCUGACGCCAAUGAUAGAAACUCUCUCCACGGAAUCUCUGCGUGAACAGCUACCAUACACACUAACCCUCAUCUCUAUGCCUGCAGCCACUGAUGGCAAGAGAGGGAUCUCUGUGGCUGUCGAAGGUGGCUGCUCCAGCUACGCCACCAGUGUCCAGGUGAAAGAAGUCAACAGAAGACAUAUUAGCCCAGAUGUCCAAAAUGCCAUCCACUCUGGAGACCGGAUCCUGGAAAUCAAUGGAGUCCCUAUUCGCACAUUACAAGUGGAGGAAGUGGAGGACCUGAUUCGCAGGACAAGCCAGACACUUCAGCUGCUCAUAGAACAUGACCCUGUCUCUCAGCGACUGGACAGACUGCGUCUGGACUCCCGGCUCCCCACCCAUGUAAACACCACCACCACCACCUCACGCUCCAUUUCCUCAUUGGACAUCAAAGGGAAUCUGGAAGGAACACUGAACCGGCGCUCCCUCAGGCGAAGUAACAGUAUUUCCAAGUCUCCUGGACCCAGCUCCCCAAAGGAACCUCUCAUUCUGAACCGUGACAUCAGUCGCUCUGAAUCUCUGCGCUCUUCCUCUAGCUAUUCCCAGCAGAUCUUCCGGCCCUGUGAUCUGACACAUGGUGAAGUACUUGGGAAAGGAUUCUUUGGACAAGCUAUCAAGGUAACGCACAAAGCAACAGGGAAGGUGAUGGUGAUGAAGGAGCUGAUUCGCUGUGAUGAGGAAACACAGAAGACUUUCUUGACAGAGGUGAAAGUGAUGCGCAGUUUGGAUCACCCCAAUGUGCUGAAGUUCAUUGGUGUACUGUACAAGGACAAGAAGCUGAACCUUCUCACGGAGUACAUUGAAGGGGGGACUCUAAAGGACUUCCUCCGCAAUGCAGACCCUUUUCCUUGGCAGCAGAAGGUCAGCUUUGCCAAAGGAGUGGCUUCGGGAAUGGCCUAUUUGCACUCCAUGUGUAUCAUCCACAGAGACCUGAAUUCGCAUAACUGUCUGAUCAAACUGGAUAACACUGUGGUGGUUGCUGAUUUUGGACUGUCUCGGCUGAUUGUGGAAGAGAGAAAGAAACCCACCCUGGAAAAGCCAUCUGUCAAGAAGCGAACUCUACGCAAGAGCGACAGGAAGAAGCGCUAUACUGUGGUCGGGAACCCGUACUGGAUGGCGCCGGAGAUGUUAAAUGGGCAGAGUUAUGACGAGACUGUGGACAUCUUCUCGUUUGGGAUUGUUCUCUGUGAGAUCAUCGGGCAGGUGUAUGCUGACCCUGACUGCCUCCCUCGCACACUGGAUUUUGGCCUCAAUGUAAAGCUGUUCUGGGAGAAGUUUGUUCCUGCCGAUUGCCCUCCAGCCUUCUUCCCUCUGGCUGCCAUUUGCUGCAGGCUGGAACCAGAGAGCAGGCCCCCAUUUUCAAAGCUGGAGGAUUCCUUUGAAGCCCUUUCUCUCUACCUGGGAGAACUGGGCAUCCCCCUCCCUUCCGAGCUGGAGGAGCUGGACCACAAUGUGAGCAUUCAGUAUGGGCUGAGCCGUGACAAGCUACCUGAAAACACAACCUAGGCGGCUCAUCCUGUGAUCCGUGCUACUUUCCAUUGGAUCCUAUACGCGUGGUGUGGAGGGGAGAUGUACUUUGGCCACCUGCAGGGCAUUCAGAGGGCACCAACUGCAUACUGGGUGCAUCACCUCUCCCUCCCCCAUGAAACUAAACCGCCAUGUCUGUUUGAUCUCCUGGUUUCACUGUGGAUUUAUGGCACAUUUUUGCAAGUGAAAAGGGCUAUUUCCUGCCUGCUGCACCAAGGAGAGCUGCUCAACACAACACAAUUCUUUGGGGCCUGUCUGGCUUUGAUUCACUGUGGUGCCUUAGAACUUGACAUGUGACUGUAAGCUGUGAAAUAGUCCUGGCCUAUCUGCCAGGAAGGGAAUCACUAUAGGAAGUCUCCUUUGUUAGGAACUGCUUUUCUGGAAUCACUUGUCCCAGACUUUUUAGUGACUGUGCUCUCCUUGGAAGACCUGGAAUACACUAGAACUGGGAAAACCAGGCACCUGGCAAAGGGCUUAGUCAGGGACUCCCCUGCUUUUCUACAUGUCAGGGUGGGAGUUCCCGAGCUGCCUAGGGGCUGGGAGCUCUAGGAAUUGAGGGGAGCUUGAAUGAAAUGGUUGUGGUAUCAUGUCUGUGGGUAGAAUUUGUCUGUUAGCGUAGUUCACCCUCCAAGGCCCUGUUCAGAAACACUACAGCCAGUGAAAACUGGGCUUUGCUCACCCUCCUGAUGUGAAUGAGGCUGUGCUCUGAGUCCAGAGGGUAAGAAGGGGGAGACUGAGUGGUUCUCAGGUAUGCUUUUAACUCUACCAACACCUUCAGCUACUGAAUCCACACAACCAGUCCCCCAGGCUGGGACCUCAGAGCAGGCAAAAGGCCACAAGUCUGAAUGCCCAGAACUGCAGCAGCACUCUGAUCCUGCUGUGCUGUAUAAAUGGGAGACUUGUCCCCAAAGAGCUUGUGCCUGUUUCUGGGCAUUUGGCCUGGUGCAGUGAGACACAUGCCUCAUAAUGGUGGCAGAAUAUACCUGGUGCAGAGCUGAAUCGCUCUAUGCUGAGGCAUUUGGCUUGGACUAGGUGAGUGUUGUUUGACAUGGAUAACCCUCAUGAGCGGAAGGAAUUUGAGGACAUGCUGAAAAGGUUACUCAAGGACAGAUGCUAGUGAAUUGGAGUCUCAUGUCUUCCGUCCUCUGCGUGUACUAGUUGGAGGAUUUGUAAUUCAGUAGCUAUUACUGCCCUUCUCCAGCAAGACCUGCAGUGGAGGGGAGUCCCAUAAGUGUCUCUGCCACUCAGUUAUCUAUUCUGGAGCUCCUGACACAGAACUUGGUCUCAUUCUCCAAACAGAAUCCUUCUCCAGAGUCAUGCCAUGCAUGGAGGGAACAGAGAGCCUGGGGAGGGAAGGAGGCAACAUACUCACUGAGGCUUUGAACUGGGGCAUUAGAGGGAAAUGUAGGAGGAAGGAAACCGCUUCCCCAGUAAUAUGUGGCUGGUGCUACCCAGUCAAAGGCUGGCUGCUGAGUCCACUUGAGUUCCAUGCCCUCUUGGUAAUUACACGGGACCAGCCCUCAUGUCUGUCUUAAGUUGGUUGUGUUUAAUUUGUAUGGUGGUGGUUUUAGAAACAGGAAAGUCCUGUGCUGUGAGCCAGUGGGGGAGUUGUCAAUUGGGUCCGGUGGAUUCAGGCCUUCUGAUUGUUACAGGACUUUCUUCCUACUACUUAGUAGGAUGGGGAAACUCAAGGGAGGGCGACCUGGGUGAUGUGUGGGUGGGGAGUCUUAACUCCGUGUGAUUGCACAGCACAAUGUUUGUUGACUAAAUUAAAAGCAAUAAAUAUACCCUAGGGACAUAA